AUGUGUCCAGAUCAACCUUCCAGCCUGGAAAUCAUGGGUCACCGCAACCCCCUGGUGAUGGAUCCUCCGGGGUAUGUCUCUCAUUUUACCAGCAACCUGUGUACAACAAGUGGUGACACUGUUUUGAAUGACUCAGCAAAGAGAUCAGUGGAUUAUAAAACAGCUGCAGACUUGCAGGAAGUGAUUAAGACUAGCCUUGCCAGGUUUGACCUCUUCCGCCUGAAAAUACAUGAGCCUCUGAAAGGUGACACAUGUGCUUGGUCAGCAUUGAGAAGAACGGCUUUGGAUCUACCCAAAUAUACUCUCACUGCACUUGAGGCGCUCAAUACACUCUCAGUAGCUCCAGAGGCUCUGCAGUCCAAUGAUUCAAGGUGGACCAGACAUCUACUCGAAGCUGUCACUGUUAUGGUGAUGAUCAUGACACCCACUGCCAAGGAGAAGAGUCUCACACAUAUUGUUUUGGGAGUAAUGUACCAUUUGGAACAGUUGAAAUUCGCUCGUGCUGACAAACUGGGACCACCUACACCGGCGAUGAGAACACUAGCUGAUGAGCUACCCGAAGAAUUGGAUUUUACUGACAUUCCUUCCAUUACCCCUGGGUUCCCAGCUACACCGUGUCUGCCAGUGUAUAAUCGGUUGUUACCUCCGCAUUUCAGAAGUCAGGAUCUAUUCAACGCUGUCUGCACAUUUCAAGAUAUCCUGCCAAAUGUUCUCUCCCACAAGAAUCGAUUUGUGAUCCUCUCAGGGAGCUUUGCCAGAUUUCUCUGUUUGACCGCUGAUGAGACCAAGACUACACCGCUCAUCCCCUCUACCUCAAAGCUGAGGUUGUCACUAGGACAUGAAACUUCUCGGUAUGCCUGGGCCCUGGACUCAGUCUACAAGACUGGACGCCUGAAUGGGUUGGGAGAAGAGACGCACGGUAUCGCUGGUCUCAUGGCCUCUUUAUGGCAAGCUGCAUGGGAGUUGGAUGUUGAUCUUCCUCUGGAAGAGGUUGCUCCGGUUUGUGUUGGAACAUUGCUCCGUUCGGACCCCGGAUUGCAGCUUCUGCGGCCGCGGGUGACAUCACUAGAUGAGGCACGGCUCGCAGAGUCAAGGGAAACACUGGGGGAGAUGUGUCAGGAUUAUGGGUACCUAUAG